CUACAGGCACAACGUAAUCUUCAAUUCUCGGCAAGAUGGUCGACCGCAAGUCAACAGUCAAGUGGAGCAACAACCGACAGUGAAAUUUACAGACUUGAUAAGUUGGUUCAUGUACUUGAAGUUGAGAUGGUAGAUUAUUACUACAAUACCAGGUUCUACUUAUCCAUCUUGAGAACCCCGAAAAAGGGUCUUGUCAGGUUUUCGCAAGACGCCGCGAUGAGACUUGGAAGAUCGAUUCACCGUUUUUUCCAAAUCCGGUCACCACUCUUCAACAUUCCCCGCCUUUCUCUUUGGACGCCAGUUCUACCCCAUACUCAGUACAACGAUGUUCAACAUCUUACACCUUCCACCGUCCAACCAUCCCCUCUUGAUCAGUUUCGAACAUGGUUUGCAGCAGCAGCAGCGGCCAAUGUCCACGAACCAGAAGCCAUGUCGCUUUCUACUUGUACGCCCGAUGGCCUUCCCUCUGCCAGAAUUGUCCUUUUCAAACAAAUCGACGCACGAGGCUUCGUCUUCUUCACCAACUAUACUUCACGAAAAUCGGCCGAACUCUUGGCCAAUCCGAAUGCGGCUCUCGUCUUCUACUGGCGCGAGGUCUCCCGCCAAGUCCGCAUCACUGGCCGCGUUGAAAAAGUAUCAAAGGAGGAGAGUGAACAAUACUUCAAUGGCCGACCCCUUGGCAGUAGACUUGGAGCAUGGGCCAGCCCACAAAGCUCUGUGGUCACCGAGGACGAAGUUCAGAAACGGCUAGAGGAAGUCAAGGCUCGCUUUGGUGAUGCCAACGAUAUUCCUCUGCCAGAUUUCUGGGGUGGAUGGCGCGUUAUACCAAGCCAGGUGGAGUUUUGGAGCGGUAAACCUUCGCGGCUACAUGACCGCGUGCUCUACACGAGGCAGACAGAUGGGGAGGAUGUGUGGACGAUAGACCGGCUGGCCCCUUGA